AUGUCACAAGAAACGCCCAAAUCGCCGGAGAUGUCAGACAGCUCGACAGAAGGCUGGCACCAUGUGCAGCUCGAUAUUCACAACGACACUCGAAUCUCAUUAGAGCUUUCCACCUUGACAGACAAGCCCUUUGACUGGGAUGUCAGGCCAGCGCAACACCUACGCCCAAAUGGCAGGACUCGCGCACUGAUAAGAACAAAGUCGAGCGAUUCGAACGUGGAAGGCGUCAUUGGAUACUCCCUGAAACAUCAGCCAGAGCAGACCAUGUACAGCAUCUAUUUCUCGAAUCAGGAUACUGAUAAUGACGAUUACAAGGUUGACGUGAUGACCUGGGAUAUGGAUCAUAUUGGCGCUGUCAGCAACGUCGAGCCGAAGGAUGGCAAUAUGACGCAGGUUGCGGUACAGCUUUCGAAAGUCCGCAGGAAUUCAUGA